UUCUAACAGAUGGGUGUACGAAUCUUUUCUGUCAAAUGAAAGUGUUGUGACAAUUAAGGAUAAACAAAGUUAAAAUACACAUUAAUAAGACAACGAAAGAUAUUUCAUGUUCUAUGGAAAUUUAUGCUCAUUAAUUCCCACUAAAAAUUGAAUAUCGAUUACUCGAAAUAUACAUUAUUCGAGUUUGAUACACUGCAAGUUCGUGAUAGUUGACGCACAGCAGAUCACUGAUGGUGGUUCAAAAGUUGUUGUUUGAUUAAUUAUUUUUCUGAAAGAUCACAAAAUGCUGGUCUUCUGUGAUAUUUUUUAUUUUAAAGUGCUUAUAUUUGCUUAUCUAUUGAUAUUCUUACCUAAAAGUUUAGGAAGCGAGGGUGCUGUUUCACUUACUCAAAAAAAUAUUGAUCAUACAUUAGCAUCCAAUGAACUCGUAUUUAUAAACUUUUAUGCAGAAUGGUGUCGCUUUAGUAAUUUAUUGGCACCAAUAUUUGAAGAAGCAUCUCAUAAAGUACACGCUGCUUUUCCAAAUCCUGGAACUGUAGUAAUGGGUAAAGUAGACUGCGACAAAGAAGGAUCUGUAGCUUCAAGGUUUCACAUUUCUAAAUAUCCAACAUUAAAGGUUAUUAGAAACGGACAGCCAACUAAAAGAGAGUAUAGAGGACAACGCUCUGUUGAAGCUUUUGAACAGUUCAUUAAAAAACAAUUACAAGAUCCUAUUAAAGAAUUCUAUGACUUGAAAGAAUUAAAUAAUCUUGAUGAUAAGAAGAGAAUGAUUAUUGGAUAUUUUGAUAGGAAAGAUAUUCCGGAAUAUCAAAUGUUCAGAAGGGUAGCAACAAAUUUGAAGGAUGAUUGUCAGUUUCAUGUCGGAUUCGGCACUUGCUCCAAUGAAAACUGUGAAAUAGGACAGCAUUUUCACUUGUUAGAUGUGAGUAAGGCCAUGCAUCCACCUGGUCAACCAAUUGUUGUCUUCCGAUCGGAUAAAGCAUUAUCCAAUGAUGAAGAUGAAACUUAUACCGGCAGUUUGAAAUACUUUGACGAAUUAAAUAUUUGGGCUCAAGAAAAAUGUGUCCCACUUGUGAGGGAAAUUACAUUCGAAAAUGCAGAAGAAUUAACCGAAGAAGGUUUACCUUUCCUUAUAUUAUUUCAUGCUCCUGAUGAUACUGAGAGCGUCAAAAAAUACAAAGAUGUUGUAACUAAAACUUUGAUAGAUGAGAAACAAAACAUUAAUUUCCUCACUGCUGACGGUUUGAAGUUUGCACAUCCUCUUCAUCAUUUGGGAAAAAGUGCUUCCGAUUUACCAUUAAUCGCGAUCGAUAGUUUUCGUCACAUGUACCUGUUUCCUAGCUUCCAAGAUAUCAAUAUAGAGGGAAAACUGAAAGCUUUCAUUCAUGACUUAUAUUCUGGAAAACUUCAUCGAGAAUUUCAUCGUGGACCUGAUCCGCCUAGUUUUGAAUUACCACAAAUUACAGGACACGUUAAAGUGCCUACAACUCCACCAGAAUCCACGUUUAAAAAUCUCGCGCCAAGUAAAAAUAGAUACACUUUGCUUAGGGAUGAAUUAUAAUAGUGUUAUUAUGGUGAUACAACAAAAUGAAGUGAAACUUACACAAUGAAAUUAUAAAGUUUAGCCAUCAACAGCAAAUUAAUUCAAAUUAUUAAACAGAAAGGCUUUGUAAUAAUACAUACAAGCGGGUAGUGAUCAUCUGUAUUCUAUUUAUAUUCUUGGUCUAUAUCGCGUUGAUAAGCCUCAGUUAUAAAAAUGUGUUAGAAAAAUUUUUUUAUUAUGUCUAAUAGCAUUUUAAUUUUUCGUAUUAACAAAUUUCAUUGAAAAUAUAUAUAUAUAUAAAAUAUAUAUUUAUAUAUAUAUAUUUAAUAUACAAUUAAAAAAAGAAUUAAAAUUGUAGAUGUAUAAAGCCUCAUUUCAGGAAUAUUAUAAUCAAUUUUAUUAAUUAUUAGUAAUGGAAAAAACUAUAAAAAUUUAAAUAUAAGAAAAUAGUCGCUUUCAUUCUAUAUUUUUACAUAAAUUUUUAUUACUUUCUUACUAAAGCUAAUGAAAAUAUCUUGACUACAAUUUAUGGAAAGAAAACUCAAAUAUUGUACAUCUCCCACUGUCAAUAUUUACAUAUUAGAUUUUAUACUACUAUUUAGAAUGAAGAAAAUAGAUAAAUGAGAGAUUAUGUGAAAUGCAAUUUCUUAGAGAUAUCAUUUAAUCAAAAUAUCGUAUUCUCACUUUUCAUUUAUCAUGAUUUAACAUUUGAGUAAAACAGUAGAUAAGCCUCUAUACUUAUAGCUCGACGAAAAUAUCCUUUACCUAAUUUGCGUCUGAUAUUUAUUGCAAAUAAUAACAAUUAGAGGUAUUGAAACUCAGAAAAUACUUCAUGAAAAUUAGAAAUUACAUAGAAUAAAAUGGUCAAAAAACAAACAAGCAGGAAGUCAAUAAAUACGAUUAACAAGUUACGUGUUAAUUGGAUGAACGCAAAGUUAAUUCUCAAUUGCGUGCGUGUUGCGUGCCUGCAUAGUAAUAGUUUUUAGUUCAUUAAUUCGUUUGAGAUUACGCUCUCUAUGAGAAGCGUAUUGCAAAAGAUAAUUGGAUCGAAAGUUUUGUAUAUUCGAAAAAAAUGACGAAGGAAAAUGGUAUGAAAAUGUUAAGAUACUUCUUCAAAGUGUUGUACGGAUAAUGGUAUUAUUAAUUUACUGUUAAUAAAGAGAUUCUAAGUCAA